GACUUGGAUGUGAAAUCGUUGCUGCUGGAGGCUUAUGUUAAGGGGCAGCAGGAGCUGCUGUAUGUUGUGCCAUUUGUUGCCAAAGUCUUGGAAUCGAGUGUAAGAAGCGUGGUUUUCAGGCCUCCCAACCCGUGGACCAUGGCGAUCAUGAAUGUACUUGCAGAGUUGCACCAGGAGCAUGAUUUAAAACUGAACCUGAAGUUUGAGAUCGAAGUACUCUGCAAGAACCUUGCCCUUGACAUCAAUGAGCUGAAGCCUGGGAACCUCCUGAAAGACAAGGAUCGACUGAAAAAUCUGGAUGAACAGCUGUCUGCUCCAAAGAAGGAUGUGAAACAACCAGAAGAGUUGCCACCCAUUACGACCACCACUGCUUCCACAACACCCGCUACCAGCACCACGUGCACAGCUACUGUUCCUCCACAGCCCCAGUACAGCUACCACGAUAUCAACGUCUACUCUCUGGGAGGGCUGGCUCCACAUAUUACUCUUAAUCCAACUAUCCCCUUGUUUCAAGCACACCCACAGUUAAAGCAGUGCGUGCGCCAGGCCAUCGAGCGUGCAGUUCAAGAACUUGUGCAUCCAGUGGUGGACCGGUCCAUUAAAAUAGCCAUGACUACCUGUGAGCAGAUUGUAAGGAAGGAUUUUGCGUUAGACUCAGAGGAGUCACGCAUGCGCAUCGCAGCACACCACAUGAUGCGAAAUUUGACCGCUGGCAUGGCUAUGAUCACCUGCCGGGAACCAUUGCUGAUGAGCAUAGCUACCAACCUGAAGAACAGCUUUGCCACUGCAUUGAGGGCCGCUUCGCCGCAGCAGAGGGAGAUGAUGGAGCAGGCUGCUGCCCAGCUGGCUCAGGAUAACUGCGAGCUGGCAUGCUGCUUCAUUCAGAAGAUGGCUGUCGAGAAGGCAGGCCCUGAAAUGGACAAGCGGCUGGCCACUGAAUUUGAGUUGAGAAAACACGCCAGACAAGAAGGUCGUAGAUACUGUGAUCCUGUAGUACUGACUUACCAGGCUGAGCGGAUGCCGGAACAGAUUAGGUUAAAGGUUGGUGGUGUGGACCCAAAGCAGCUAGCUGUUUAUGAAGAAUUUGCACGCAAUGUCCCUGGUUUCUUACCAACCAAUGACUUAACUCAGCCUACAGGAAUCCUGGCGCAGCCGAUGAAGCAAGCCUGGGCAACAGACGACGUAGCACAGAUCUAUGAUAAAUGCAUGACAGAACUGGAACAGCACCUGCAGUCCGUCCCUCACACCCUGCCCAUGAACCCGCAAACCCAAGCCUUACGAAGCCUCUUGGAGGCGGUGGUUGUGGCUCGUAACUCUCGUGAUGCUAUUGCAGCUCUUGGACUGCUCCAGAAGGCGGUCGAGGGCCUGCUGGAUGCUACUAGUGGUGCGGAUGCUGAUCUUCUUCUCCGCUAUCGAGAGUGUCACUUGCUUGUUUUGAAAGCCUUGCAGGAUGGCCGUGCUUAUGGCUCUCCGUGGUGUAAUAAGCAGAUCACAAGAUGCCUGAUUGAAUGUAGAGAUGAAUAUAAAUACAAUGUAGAGGCGGUAGAGCUGCUGAUACGUAACCACCUAGUUAGCAUGCAGCAGUACGAUCUUCACUUGGCUCAGUCGAUGGAGAAUGGCCUGAACUAUAUGGCUGUGGCAUUUGCAAUGCAGUUGGUAAAAAUCCUCUUGGUGGAUGAGAGAAGUGUAGCUCACAUAACGGAAGCAGAUCUGUUCCACACCAUUGAAACUCUGAUGAGGAUUAAUGCUCACUCCCGAGGAAAUGCACCAGAAGGGUUACCGCAGCUGAUGGAAGUGGUACGCUCCAACUAUGAAGCCAUGAUUGACCGUGCUCACGGAGGGCCAAACUUUAUGAUGCAUUCUGGAAUCUCUCAAGCUUCUGAGUAUGAUGAUCCCCCUGGCCUGAGGGAGAAGGCAGAAUACCUGCUGAGGGAAUGGGUCAAUCUCUACCACUCUGCGGCAGCUGGUCGUGACAGUACCAAAGCAUUCUCUGCGUUUGUUGGACAGAUGCAUCAGCAAGGAAUCCUGAAGACCGACGACUUGAUCACACGGUUCUUUCGCCUUUGCACAGAAAUGUGUGUGGAAAUCAGCUACCGUGCUCAAGCAGAGCAGCAGCACAACCCUGCUGCAAAUCCCACCAUGAUUCGUGCCAAGUGUUACCACAAUUUGGAUGCCUUUGUGCGCCUUAUUGCACUGCUGGUGAAGCAUUCUGGGGAGGCUGCCAACACUGUUACCAAGAUCAAUUUGCUCAACAAGGUUCUUGGAAUAGUGGUGGGUGUCCUAUUGCAGGAUCAUGAUGUUCGUCAGAGUGAAUUUCAGCAGCUCCCCUACCACCGCAUUUUCAUCAUGCUGCUGUUGGAAUUAAAUGCCCCUGAACAUGUCCUGGAAACAAUUAAUUUUCAGACUCUCACAGCAUUCUGUAACACAUUUCACAUCCUGAGACCCACAAAAGCUCCAGGUUUUGUUUAUGCCUGGUUAGAAUUGAUCUCCCACCGGAUAUUUAUUGCAAGAAUGCUGGCACAUACACCACAGCAGAAGGGCUGGCCAAUGUAUGCCCAACUGCUGAUCGACCUAUUUAAAUACUUGGCACCUUUCCUGAGGAAUGUGGAGCUUGCCAAACCUAUGCAAAUUCUCUACAAGGGUACCUUGCGUGUGCUGCUGGUCUUAUUACAUGAUUUUCCAGAAUUCCUCUGUGACUACCACUAUGGGUUCUGUGAUGUGAUUCCUCCAAACUGCAUUCAGCUAAGGAAUCUGAUCUUGAGUGCCUUCCCACGAAAUAUGAGGCUUCCGGAUCCCUUCACUCCUAACCUUAAGGUGGACAUGUUGAGUGAGAUUAACAUUGCUCCUCGGAUCCUCACCAACUUCACAGGAGUAAUGCCACCUCAGUUCAAGAAGGAUUUGGAUUCGUAUCUCAAAACGCGCUCUCCGGUCACAUUCUUGUCCGACCUUCGUAGCAAUUUGCAGGUGUCAAACGAGCCUGGCAAUCGUUACAAUAUCCAGUUAAUAAAUGCCCUGGUGCUGUAUGUGGGCACCCAGGCCAUUGCGCACAUUCACAACAAAGGAAGCACUCCCUCCAUGAGCACCAUCACCCACUCAGCUCAUAUGGACAUCUUCCAGAAUCUGGCUGUAGAUCUGGACACAGAAGGUCGGUACCUCUUCUUGAAUGCAAUUGCCAAUCAGUUACGGUACCCCAACAGUCAUACACACUAUUUCAGCUGUACCAUGCUUUACUUAUUUGCGGAAGCCAACACUGAAGCUAUUCAAGAACAGAUCACCAGAGUUCUCCUAGAGCGACUGAUUGUAAAUAGGCCUCACCCAUGGGGUCUGCUAAUUACCUUUAUUGAGCUGAUUAAAAACCCAGCAUUUAAAUUCUGGAACCAUGAGUUUGUUCAUUGUGCUCCAGAAAUUGAAAAGCUGUUCCAGUCCGUGGCACAGUGCUGCAUGGGGCAAAAGCAGGCACAGCAAGUGAUGGAAGGGACCGGUGCUAGUUAAGAGGAAGUGGACGCUGAGUCAGAAGUUGGCCACCCUGGAGGUCUCCAUCCCAUGAAGCUGGCAGAAGAAUGUGUGUGGGUCUUCCCAGAGCUUGGAGGCUGCGCCCCCACCUCCCCCUCCAUGUUGGGCUUACAUCACAGAUCCGUGUGUGAGAAGUCUCCUCCUGUGUGGGCAUGUUCCAAAGUUUAAAACAAGUUUUCGACUUUUGGCCAAAAUGCAGAAUAUGCUGUGAAUAUAAUUUCGAACUAUUGUAAAUACACAGAACAGAAAUAUUUGUCUGGACUUUGGGUUUGUGCAAGUUUUGUUUCAAGAGAGGCACCACCCCUAUCACCUGGCCAGCUUAUAAGGAAGUGGUGGCCGCUGUCGAGCUUUUCUCAAGGGCAGAUCUGCUUGUCCCGACGUUCCCAGACUCCCAAAGAAUAUGGAAAAGCCAGUUUAAAUAUUAUGUAACUUAUUUUUUCUUGUGGAUGGGGGACCUAAAAAUCACAAAGUUGUUAAAGGAAAAAAAUGUGGAUGUGUUGGGAGCACAGGAUUCUAUGACAUAUGGGGGGGGGAGUCUAGGGUCCAGCGGGGGGUACUUACCCUGUAUCACAUGCUGACAAGCAAGAUGCGUGGAAGUUGGAGGACUCCUUCUUUCAGCUGGCAGAUACACUUCAGGCCCUUGUUGAGAGGGCUGAUUAUUUUAGCAGGAGAACCAGACAAGGCCUGUAGAUUUUCUUGACACUUGUAAAUUUUGGGAUAGGGAGGGUAUGAGAAUCUAUUAACUACUCUCCUUUGGCCACAAAGUUUGAGUUUGUAAAAAGAACAAAAAGGACCAAUACAGCCCAUUUUGUAAGGAUUUUGAAUGUUUUGUAAAUGUAUUGGUCCAUGUGUUGUAUUUUGUAGCCUUUCUAGUUCUCUUGGGCUUUAGUUCUCCCACUUCUUGUAUGUAUGCAUACUGUAGUUAAACAUUAAAGUCAUGAACUGCACCAGGUGUCCUCAUUCUCUCUUCACCUGGCUGUUAGGUUGCUGGUAAAUAGUUCUCACUGCUAAUCAAAAAGCCCCUGACAUAUGUGGCCUUGGGUAAAUCUGAUUACAUUUGUAUACCACUUCAGUGCAAUAGACAGAACCUAGUAUUGUUACCAUUAAAGCAGGACUGAAAUCUCAUGAUAAAAUGGAGAACCACCAAAAUGGAAGGAAAUCUUUCCUGGUUCUUUUCAAGGAAAACCAAUCUUGAAUUGUCUUUACCAGAAGAGCUGGGCUUUGAGCUUCUGAGCUCAGGAGAACAGCCCCAGCAGCCAUUGGUCUGUUGAGGACUGAAGCCAAAUAUCAUAGUUGGUCCUUCUGGUUAUGAAUCCAGAAGGGAAAGACAAAAUGUCAUACCAACCAGAUUCACCAGCAAGGGCACUUGAUAUACGCCUGUCUUCCAGUACUGACUGGUUAAGUAGGACCCUUGUCUCUUUGGAUUUUAAAAAACAAACUGUCAUUCAAGCUUGCAGGGGGGGACGAAGACAACACUGAGAAGCCCCUGACUCCAAAAUAAUCCUGCUUUGCCUCAAGGCUUGGUUCUGCUGCUGUACUGGAAGGUGGGUGUUUGACUAGUAUACCAGGAUUAAAGAAUCAGCCAAAGUAAAGCCCUUUUAUUUUAAAAAAAAAACUGAGAGCAGAAAACACAUUCGUAUCCCAUGAAUACAAACCUACAGUGAAGACUAGUCAGAGUAUCUUAGCUGUACAUUGAAGUCAUAAGAAUUCUAUUACUCAGUAUUUCUUAAACGUGCAUAUUAUUUCAGUUUGCAGUGUGCAUCCCAUACUUUGGAUAGCUUGAGGACAUUCCAGAAGCAGGGCCCACAUCUUCCUUGGGCCACUGGAAGGAAAACAUUAAAAAUGGCCUAAUUUGUACUCCUGGUCUCCUUUGGUACAGUUCCUUUAUAAGUUCUACUGAUAAAAAUGUUUGCUGACCGGCUGCUAUAUCUUUUCCUGACCUCAUUUGUCCAUUGGCUGGUCCAUAUUUGAAAGUGUUUAUAAGUUCCAGCCUUCACACUUGAAAGGCCAAAGAUGCUGAGGGAGAAAGUCUAUUCAGCGCAAGUGGUACCACCCCCAGGCUCUGAAGUGCAGCCCCAUCCAGAACCGGCUGAAUCACAACUCUUCCAAUUGGCAGAGUUCCCAAUAGGCUCAAUUUUUAGUUUCCGUUUAUUGAUCCUCAUCCAGCCUUUUACUCAUAUAGUCAGAAUGUGCACAGCCUCACUUGACUGCUAAAAAACUUCACUGGUUCUGGGUCCAAUUCAAGGUACUGAUUGUAGCCUUUAAAGCCCUACACAUCCUGAGACCUGCCUAUGUGAGGAGCGGUCUGUCCAUGAAAGCUGUGUGACAUAUCUGCUCUUCUCCAAGCUUCCUUCUGUUGGGGUCCUUUAAGCUUAUCUGGUGGGCUACUUGGGCUAUGUCCUUUUCCACAGGUAUUAUGGGACAUUCUGUUGUAACUGUCUGGAUUUUAAUGGGUUGGAUCCAACCAGAUUUUCUGCUGCUGAAAAAGAAAGGAAGGAAGGCUCCCUUUUCACCACGCAAAAAAGCUAGGUGUGUUAUCAUGGGAUCUGCAUGAACAAAACAAAAGCCAUGUGAAAUAGGGGCUAAACCAAGGAAGGAAUGCACAAGACAGAGUGAAAAAGCUACUUGGAUCCAUCAAGCGCUGCCCCAAAAGGGAAUAUUAGCGACUGGUCUACAGCGGUUCAGUUCACCAGCUAAACAAGGGCUGCUGAGACUUUUCCCUCUGUUCUCAACAUUUUCCGACCUCAACCCAAA